AUGAGAAACCAUACAUCACUAACCAGAUUCAUCCUCCUGGGAUUGACAGAUAACCCUCAACUGCAGAUUCUGAUUUUCGUAUUUCUACUUAUCACCUACUCAUUGAGUGUAAUUGGAAACCUGACCAUCAUCUUCCUCAUUUUAGUAGAUUCACAUCUUAAAACUGCCAUGUACUUUUUUCUCCAAAAUUUUUCCUUCUUAGAAAUCUCAUUCACUUCUGCCUGCAUUCCUAGAUACUUGUACAGUAUAUCAACGGGUGACAGGACUAUUACCUAUAAUGCUUGUGCAUGCCAACUGUUUUUUGUAUACGUGUUUGGAAUGACAGAAUUUUUUCUCCUGGCCACCAUGUCCUUUGAUCGAUAUGUAGCCAUCUGCAAACCCCUGCAUUACAUGACCAUCAUGAAUCCCAGGGUCUGCCAAAGGCUUCUCUUCUGCUGUUGGAUGACCACUUUGUUGAUCUUAUUCCCACCUCUUACUUUGGGACUGGACCUGGAAUUCUGUGACUCUAACACCAUUGACCACUUUGGCUGUGAUGCUAAUCCUAUCCUGAAGAUCUCAUGCUCAGAUACAUGGUUCAUUGAGCAGACGGUUAUUGUUGGCUCUGUGUUGGUCUUUGUCAUGACUCUCCUGUGUGUGGUUUUCUCCUACAUGUAUAUCAUCAGAACAAUUCUAAGAUUCCCCUGUGCUCAGCAAAGGACAAAAGCCUUUUCCACCUGUUCUUCCCACAUUGUUGUGGUUUCUAUCACCUAUGGCAGCUGCAUCUUUGUCUAUAUCAAACCUUCAGCAAAAGAUGAAGUAGCCAUUAAUAAGGGAGUAUCAAUACUCACUACUUCCAUUUCCCCCAUGUUAAACCCAUUUAUUUAUACUCUGAGGAACAAACAAGUGAAACAAGCCUUUAACGUCUUAGUCAAAAGAUUUAUACUGCUCUCAAAGAGCUAG